AUGGCAGCGGACGACGACCACGGCAUCCGCCCGCAAGGCGGCGACAGCGCAGGCGAGCCGCAACACCAGCCCGCAGCCGCGGCCGUCGACGUUCCCGGCGAAAAGAAGAGCGCCGCCGUCGUCGACGUGGAAGAGGCGCGGCGGGAUGGAGAUGGGGGACCGGCCGGCGGCGGCGACGCCGUGUCCGUGUACAGCGAGUCGAGUCUCGUGCAGGCGGGCGUGCAAAAGGCCAUGAUCUUGAAGAAGGCGUGGUCGCGCACGACGCUGCUCAUUGCCUUUACCAGCUUGUUCUUGACGACGCUCGUCAUCACCUUCUCCGACUACUCGCACUCGGUGCUGCAGCCGUACGUCACGAGCGCAUUCAAGAAGCACUCAUUCAUGAGCGCUGCGCACGUCGUCAUCAACAUUACCCGCAUCGUGGCGUACCCGAUCAUUGCCAAGCUGAGCGAUGUAUUUGGCCGCGCCGAAAUGUUUACCCUGUCUAUCGUCUUCCAGACGCUGAGCUUCAUCGUCUAUGCCACGAGCGCCGACAUUGGAGCCUACUUUGCCGCAGGACUAUUUGACGCAGUCGGAUCCACGGGCUUCGGGCUCACGCAGCAAGUCUUCAUCGCCGACGCCACCAACCUCAUCAACCGCGCCUUCUGGUCCACGCUGCCCGAGUCCAUCACCACCAUCCCCGCCCUCUACCUCGGUAGCCUCAUCGGCGAGGGCUUCCUGACCAAAGCCGGCUGGCGCUGGUCCUACGGCGCGUGGGCCAUCGUCGUGCCCGUCGUCGCCAUCCCCCUGAUCGCUACAAUGGUCGUGCUGCAGCGCCGCGCCCGCCGCCACGGCCUCGUCGCCAAGUCCCUUGCCAGCGUCGCCGGCUGCGCGCCCGACAGUCCUGCGUGGAAGAAGGUCCUGCACCUCGUGUGGACGGAGAUUGACCUGGCGGGACUGGUGCUACUCGUGACGGGGCUGUCGCUCAUCCUCAUCCCCGUGUCGUUGACGGGGUCCUUCAACCCGGGCCGCUGGCGCGAGGGCAGCUUCAUCGCCAUGCUCGUUGUCGGUGUCGUCUGCUUCUUGGCGUUCCUCGUCUGGGACAUUCGCUACGCAAAGAAGCCCUACAUCCCCGCGCACAUGGCCAAUCGCACCGUCAUUGUCGCGUGUCUCAUCCAGACGUUUGACUUCAUGGAGUAUAGCCUCUUCACCAUUUUCUUCCCGAGCUAUCUCCAGGUCGCCGGCCACUUCUCGCCGGCAAAAGCAACGCGGAUUGACAACUCUCUGCGAGUGGCAUUCCAGAUUUCUGGCCUCUUCGUCGCCGUGGGCAUGAAGUACACCAAGAACGCGCACUACUGGGCACUCGCAGGCCCGCCGCUCGUCAUCCUCGGACAGGGCAUCAUGAUCUACCUGGUGGACAUGGGCGACGGACGAUACGGUAGUGAGGCCGCCUUUAUCGCUUCCAAAGUCAUCUCUGGCAUAGGCCGCGCCCUCUGGCAGACGGCUGCGCAGGUUUCGGUCCAGGCCGUCGUAUCGCGCCAGGAGGUUGCCGUCGCGACGGGAAUCUUCCAGGCCGCCAACAGCGUGGGCGCCGCCAUCGGAACGAGCAUCUCUGGAGCCAUCUGGCGCAACACCCUGCCCGACAAGCUCCUCAACUACCUCCCGGAAAAGGACAAGAAGAGCGCCCUGCAAAUAUUCCAGUCCAUUGUCGUCGCGCAAAAGUACCCCGCGGGAACGCCUGCGCGCGCCGCCAUCGACCAGAGCUACCGCGAGUCGCAGCGCAUCCUGGGCAUCGUCGCGACAUGCAUAUGCGCGCCAAAUGUCUUCAUCAUGUGGUUCAUGCGCAACGUCAAGCUGGAGGAGGAGGACCGCAAGGACGAGGAGGGCGUGGAGCGGACUAUUGCCAAGAUUGAGAAGGCCAAGGAGAAGAAGUAG